AUGUCUGUGCCCUGCUGGUGGACUUCAAAGAAGCCUAACAGGAAGGACUACUUGGCUGUCAAGUCUUCAGCUUCCUGUGUCUGCGACACAAGUGAUGUUGGAGGUCAGCGGACCCUGCAGCGACGCUGGACCACGUUUGCAAAAGCUCAGCUGCUUUGCCAAGCUGACCAUGAGCUGCCCUAUAAUGUGCUCCAGGACAUAGACACCCUCCUGCCUGCAGAGGGCGCUCCUGUGGAUGACAUACUCUUUUAUGGCAUAUUCACCUCUCAGUGGUCUGUCAACUCUGGGCGAUCAGCAGUGUGUUCCUUCCGCCUCACUGACAUCAAAUCGGUCUUUUCUGGUAACUACAAAGUCCUGAACCGGGACACAUUACAGUGGAGUGCACGGGUUCAAGAGAAGGUCGCAAAUCCAGGCGAGUGUGGCCUGCACAACGCCUCAGACAAUGCCCUGCGCUUUGUCAAAGAGAACUUCCUGGCAGAUGACAGUGUGCGAGCAGUUGGAAGGAACCUGACCAUGGUGUCUGCUGAAAACACCUACAGCCACCUGACUGUCCAGAGGGUCCAGGCAGCCAACGGCAAACACUACACUGUCCUGUUUCUGCUUACAGAGUCUGGUUACUUGCAUAAAGCAGUGCUGCUACUCAGAGGGGCCCAUAUCAUCGAGGAGAUUCAGGUCUUUGAGCAGCCUCAGCCUGUCAGGAGCCUGAAGCUCUCCAUACCCAAGGGAGUGAUUUAUAUCGGCACGUCGGAGGGCGUGGUGAAGGUCCCGACAGCUAACUGUUCUUUUUACUGGACCUGUGCUCAGUGUGUUCUGGCCCGAGAUCCCUUCUGUGGUUGGGAUCCUGCCAGUAGGGUCUGUGUGAUGGUCUCUACAACAAACACUAACCUAGGCCAGGACAUAGAAAGAGGGAACGCUGAAGAGGCAUGCAGCAGUGUUUCAUUAAACCACAAGAGCAGAUUUGGUCCAAACAAACUGCCUGCAGCCUCGUGUCCUCCAGGCGAGCUGGUGUCUGUGUCUCUGAACGAAGUCGUGCGGCUGCAGUGUCCUGCUGCAUCACGACUGUCUCAGCAGCUCUGGGAGCGUCCCAACAGUCGGCUGUCCUCAGACUUGUAUCUGAACUUGGAGGAUGGGAGUCUGAGCUUUGUGGCCACCCCUGCCACACUGGGCCACUACCUCUGCCUGUCCACUGAAAAUGGCUACCAACAGACUAUGGCCAUCUAUCAUGUCAAGCAGAAGACCAGCCCUCUGUCUCAAACUCCAACCAGCGACACCCAGCCUCGGACAAAUGCGAUACCCACAACACAAUCUAUGGCCAAGCCGGGAUCUGGACUCCACAUAUCUGUAGGAACAGAAACGCACCAAGGAGAGUCUAAGACAACGCCAUCCAACAGGAACACUCAAGUCACCACCAGACAGCUGGGCAAAAACCUGACCUCAUGGACAAAGCAGCCUCGACAGAGAGAAUUAGAGCUCCGGGAUGGGGAAGCGCUGCUGGCCGCCCAAGCCCCAUGCUAUUUAAAGGAGCUGGUAAUUGUGUCACUUUUACUAGUGCUGUCCCUCAGUUUGUUAAUCACCAUAUUUCUGUUUGUCAUCACACAGCGCUGCAACCACAGAACAGCCCCACAAGCAGCAACCAUAGACUCUGACAGAAGGACCCCUGUAGAGCAGGAGGCCCGAAGGGCGAAUGUGUUUCUGAGCAAAAGGAAUGAACAAGGACAGCAAAGUGGACAUGGCAGCGAGUUGGUUUGUAACGCUGCGCUUUCAGGUUCUAAUGGACAUUUGCCUAACACCCCCAUCUAAACAGAGGUACAGUGUUACAGAUGAAAAAGUCACGUGGCACUCAAAGACUCCUGAUCUAUGGGAAGUCUUUGGCAACAGGAGGAAAAGGUUUUUAAAACUUUAUUUGAAGGGCGAGGAAGUAACACAAACCAUUUAAAGUGGUUUUCAUGGGAUUUGACUUAUUAUUCUAUACAUGCAGUUUUAAUGUCCUGGUGUACAUUGAGAUUACAGCUCAGUUUAGGUCACAAAUAAGGUCCCAUAUGCAACUGAAAGUGGCUGCUGAGGGGGGCCAUCCUAAUCGGUAAGAUCUGUGAUCGUACUAAUAAAUCAAAGAACUGUGCGUGGGAUCACUUUUCUCAGACGGCCAUUUACUGGCAGCAUUUGUGAGUAUUGUUGUGGUGGAAUAAGAGGCGCGGGGACAUGAAUGUCUCACAAAUAUAAAGCUUCAACCAUUACACCUAAGUGCCAGACCCUUACUCGAACCCUCAAACAGGCCUUUGAAGGGUUGUGAAAAAUGUCUUCCACAGUGUCAUUGCUGUGAUCUCAAAUAGCCGGACAGCAACACACAACAAGACUGUAAAAUUACACAAUUGCGCCUGUUCUGCACAGCUACAUUUGGAACAGGCGCAAUUGCUGUAUAACCGUGUGUGUUGUAACUGCCCAGUCUUUUUCACAGCUCGAACUGGUGUAUUGAUGGAGAUCCAACAUUUGUCACACUUGGUACUGGACCCGCUGAGGUCCCAGUUCUGAUAACUGACUUGUCUGUAACACUUUCACUGCUGAUUGCCUGAAGCUGACACGCUUUUGUGUGGAAAUAACUGGAAUAAAGUUUGCACAUGAUUCUAAAAAGACGGAUUUAGCAGCUGUUUCUGGCAGCCGUAGCUUUGGUGCUCAGUGAUUGUGUUCUCCUAAACUGUAACAUUUAGGUAUUUGUAAGUAGUGGUGACAAAAACCUGGUUAAAAUCUCUCUGAACAGGAGCACUGAUCCAAUGAAAAGCAUAACUGUUGAUUAGCUGUGACGUGUUGGUUCUGAAUGUUCUGGUUGGUCGUCAUAUUAUAGCUGGUUAUGUUCUGACUAUUCUGUUCUCUCUUGAUAGCUUCAUUUGGUAAAAGGUACAGUUCUGUCCAAUGCAGCUGCUUCUUUAAAUAUUUUUAUAGAUUAGUCAAAUGCAACACCAGUAACUGCCACAGUCGGCCAGUUGUACAGUUGUAUGCACCUUUUAGAACAAGAAAUCAUUUGUUUCCAUAUAUUACAUUUUGAUCAAAAUGUGUAAGGAUCAGAAAAUGUAUCUAAAGACGUGUGUGCGCAUGUGUGCGUGCGUGUUCACAUAACUUUGUAGCACAUGGUCAGGGUGAGUCAGCCAAGUUUCUUUUCUUGUGUGACAAAACAAAGUGAAUGUGCCUUUGCUACAUGUUAUGUGACGAUCCUGUGGAGCUGUUUGUACUUCUCACCAUUUGGACACGUCAAUAAAAAAAUCAUCCACAACUGUAAUAAAGACUCAACAUAUUUAUAUUCACUUCAAUAAACAGGUUUCUGAAAUGUUA